CCACAAGUUUUUCGGUUUCAGAAUUUCAUUCAUGUCUUGACGGUGACUGCACCGUUAUAAAAUGAUGGAAAGAUUCGACGGUUUCGAGUAUAGCACGAAGGAUGUAAUUGGACAUGGAGCGUUUGCAAUCGUCUAUAAGGGAAAAUAUACAGAUAGGCCUGAUAUUCCUGUUGCAAUCAAAGCCAUUGCAAAGAAGAACAUAGGAAAAUCGAAAAAUUUGCUCACAAAAGAGAUCAAAAUCCUGAAGACACUAAGUGGGUUGCAACACACGAAUCUUGUGGCGUUGCUAAAAUGCACAGAAACACAAACACAUGUAUAUUUGGUGAUGGAAUACUGUAAUGGAGGAGAUUUGGCUGAUUAUUUGAGUCAGAAAACGACAUUACAGGAGGAUACUAUACAUCACUUUGUUGUACAAAUUGCUCGAGCCUUGGAAGCCAUAAAUAAGGAAGGCAUCGUUCAUCGUGAUCUCAAACCGCAGAAUAUUUUACUUUGUAAUCCCACACGUCAUUCAAAUCCUCCCGCCAGUGAGCUAAUAAUCAAACUUGCCGAUUUUGGCUUUGCACGAUUCCUCUCGGAAGGAGUUAUGGCUGCCACACUAUGCGGAUCUCCAAUGUAUAUGGCUCCUGAGGUUAUCAUGUCCUUACAAUAUGAUGCCAAAGCAGAUUUGUGGUCAAUCGGCACUAUUCUGUUCCAGUGCUUGACGGGUAAAGCCCCGUUCCAGGCGCAAAAUCCGCCACAGCUGAAAGCCUAUUACGAGAAGAAUAGGGAUUUGCGACCCAAUAUUCCCGACUAUUGCUCGCCUCAAUUACGUGAUUUGCUUUUGCGUUUGUUGAAAAGGAAUGCGAAAGAUCGCAUAACAUUUGAGGAGUUUUUCAACCACCCGUUCCUCCAUCAACCACCAGUCGCAAGUCCAUCCAAGAGAAUUCUGGAUGCAGCGUCUCCAAUGGUUAUGCGACGUGUUAUCCCGCAACCGUCAUCAUCUGCGUCACCACUACCCGGUCGUGGAUCUGGUUCAUCGCGUCUGGAAAGCCCGCAACCGACAAGGAGAACCAUCAAGGUGCCGGAAUCGCCGAUAGUCCGUCGUGCGGCUACUCAACAGGCUAUGCACGAUAGCAAUGAUUUCACAUUUUUACCACCGCUAUCUGGACAUCAACAACCAUCGUCAGCUGGUCGACACGAGCAUAGCCCAGUUAAGCAGGUGCAAGUGCACACGUCGUCAUCACAGAUGUCGACAGCACCGGUGAAAGCUGUACCCGUGCCAAGUCAACGAAAUGCUUUCACGAAAAUCGAGGAGCGACGUCUUGGGAACAAGGAUUCCGAAGAGACAUGCUCGGCUAUACCUUCACCAUCGGUACGAGCUAUCUCGGCGCUAAAACGAACAACCAUAGGAAAAGGUGCUGCUGCUGAACCAACACCAGUACCAACGGUGGAGAAUAUGACAUUGCCAUCAACACAAUUCAUCGUGCGAGGUGGCGCUGCUAGGCGCUCGUUGGCAGAAAGGACUCGCAUUUUGAGACAAGAAUCAUCACCGCCCACGCCAGUGUCGGAGAAGGCACCCCAAACACAUCGUGAGCUGAAAGCGGAACCACGACCGGCUGAAGCAGCACCGGCACCCGAAACUCUCACAAAAACAGAAAGCGUCCCCUCACUCGACAACGCUAAGUUUCUAUCGGCAUCGCCGCCGGAGGCACGUGUUAGCCCGCCUGUGUCGACUCAGCUAGACAUUAGCGAUGACGAAGAUGAAACUAUGCAACAAUCAUUAAAAUUAGCUUUUGGAAGAGCAGUACGUGGAGAUUCCUUAAAAUCCGAAGCGAUGGAGAGCUGCAUCUCCGGUGAGGAGGGCAGCGAGCUGUCGAUGGACGUGGCCGAUCCAUCCGAUUCGCUCUCAACACCACCAGCUGCAUCGUCGGCAUCGAAAGUUCCAGCAUUACUCGGAAGUUUGCCACGAACACCCGCAUUCUUUGGACGUCGAGGAGAUGAGGACGAAGAGGACGUGGACGAAUCGUCACCCAGAGCUUUGGAGCAGGAAACCGUCAUGGAAGAAGAGCAUAAACAGAUCCUGGCGAAGCUGAGAUUUGUUGUCGAGUUGGUCGAUACCUUAGUCCAAGUCGCCGAGCAGAAGGAAAAUCCACUUGUGGCUGCUAUGAGCAACAGAAAAGCUGAGCCUUCCUCUGCCUUCCGACGUGCUGAGCAAUUGGUUGUCUACGUGCGAGCAUUACAUAUGCUUUCGUCUGCACUACUUUUAGCGCAAAGAAAUGUGGCUAGCCGUGUACUGCAUCCGUCACCAGCAGUUCAGAAUGUACUAAAUGUUCUCAACGAUAAAUAUCACCAGUGUUUGGUGAGAUCACAGGAAUUGGCAUCGCUUGGUCUUCCCGGACAAGAUCCAGCUAUGGCAGUGAUUUCGGCUGAAAGGAUUAUGUACAAACAUGCGAUUGAAUUAUGUCAGACGGCAGCGCUUGAUGAACUAUUCGGAAAUCCACAACUAUGCAGCCAAAGAUAUCAAACAGCUUACAUGAUGCUCCACACGCUAUCGGAACAAGUGCACAGCGACCAGGAUCGAAAUGUUUUGGCCCGUUAUAAGAAUGCUGUAGAAAAGCGACUUCGCAUACUCGAACGACAAGGAUUUGUCACAGCCGUCAAUACGUGCUAAUUUGGUGUUCAUAACUCGUUUGUCGUACUUAUUCAUGGAUGAUAAUCUCUAUGGGGACCUUUUUUCGCGCAUAUUAUCGGGAAAGAUAGGAUAGGUAUAGUUCUCUUGUCAUGAUUGCCUGGUUAGAACAGCAUGUUCUUACGCAUCAACCAAUCGUCGGGCAUUUUGCUUAUGUUCUGUUUUUCCUUUGUGAACUUUGCAUAGAUCUUAAUUUCGCCGAAAUAAUUAUUUCUUCUAUGUAUUUUUGACAAACUUGUCACAUUUUAAGACUUUCCAUCAUUUUUCGUAGCUGUCAUUUUUUCACUGAAUGUUUUGAAUUUGUCCAACCAUCUAUUGACAUAGAUUUCUAGCGACUUCUAAAGCUCACUAUUGCUUUCUUGUGUGUUUCUCUCCGUCUUUUGAGAUCUGCAGCUUUUCUAUUCUUGUUUUGUUGUGUUGUCCGUGAUUACACACACACAUACAUCACAACACUUCGCAGCUUGCCCCAUUCUCCUUUUUUUGUCCCUUUUCUAUUGUGUAUACAGUGAUCUAUUGAUUUAUUUCCUUUCUCAGUUUUUGUCAUGUUGACCACCACUCUUCCCCAAAAUGCAAAACCCAUAGAAAGCUAAUGAUUCCGUCUUUUUAUAUUGUUCUGUCUAGUCAUUGUUGUACUAACAAAAAAUUGUAAAAAUAAUUUGAGGUUGAAAUGAAGAUGUAUGGAAAUG